AUGAGCGAGGAAGAAGAUCAAAGCCCAAAUGAGGCAGAGAGGCCUUUGCAAGGGGCCCGGCCGAAGAGAGAAGAGACGCUGCAAGCCAUAGCUUCCUCUACGGGGUACCCCAAGCCGAACGGCGUGACCCAGAGAAUUCCCAGGCUCGGAAGAGGCGUCUCUGCGGCUGCAGAAACCAGUUGGGGAUCUGGAGGAAGUAUGCCGGAGACCGUGGCCCUGCGGUUAUCCAUCCUGGAAACUAAUUUAUCCAGGCUGUCGGAAACCGUGGGGAGAUUGGUGCCAUUAUUGGAAGAGAAUCUCCAGAAGGAGGCCAGCCGAUAUGGCGCCGAGAGAGAACCAAGCAAAGAAGGAGAUUGGAGCCAGAGGGGCCAGCGGGCGUCAACGCAGAGCCCCGUGGCGGCAAGGGACGAGGGAGAUGAGGAAUACUGGCAGGAGCUGCAGUUCCGGGACAGCAUGGCGCGAGAAGUGGAGCGUCAGCGAGCCCUGGGGACCCUGAGGCCGCCGUCUCCAACAGAGCUCCCAACCCCCCGAAUGGGCGUCGGGGUGGAAAGGCCACUGGGGCCAGGGAUCGGGUCCAGUGGAUUCGCAGACGAAGGCGGAGAGGAGCGGGGGGUCCAGGAAGAGGAGGAGGAUGUGCCGUACGACGAGGAAAGGCGAGAUGAGGGGGCUACAGCUAGGCCAGUAUGCGGAUGGGCGGAAGAGCCAACAGCGGCGGCAGACUUCCAGGAGCCGCGCAGAAUGACCACCGGAGUGGGGCGCGGCGUGUUCCAAGGAGCCGCCCGAGGAAACCUGAUGCAACCCUUCCCCAUGCCGCCCAGACAACAUCAAAGGGCUGCAGAAUGGAUGCCUAGAAGGGAAGAUCUCAAGCUGGAAUACGGAGGGGAAUCAGAUGAACUGAACUUUUUUCUAAUUAGCAUUAGAGGAUACAUGGAAGACAACGCACACACAUUUCCCUCCGAAGCAAGCAGGGUUCGAGCCAUCGGCAACACACUAAAGCGAGGAGCGGCCAGCUGGUAUGUGCAAUUGCAUGCCAGACGCGACCCAUGCCUGAGGUCAGUGCCCCGCUUCCUCGCCGCACUGGAGAACCGGUUCAGAGACCGGCUAGAGCAAUUGAGGGCUCGAGACCAGCUGAAAGGAAUAAAACAGAGGGACAAAACGGUGCCCGAGUACGCAGAGGAAUUCCUCCACCUCGCGGAAAGGGUACCGGAGUGGUCUGAAGUAACCAAAGUGGAACUAUUUAAAGAGGGACUACGCCCCGAGAUUUUCAGCUGGGCAGCGCACAGAGACGACCCCGAGACGCUCCAGGGAUGGAUUCAACUAGCGGGGCGCGUCGAAUCUACCCUGGCCCAAGUAAAGCGCUUCAGGAGCAGCAGCGGCCAGCAAAGACCGGUGGCGAGAGGUCGAGGAGAAACGAGGAAGCAAGAAAGACCCGGAGGGAGGCCGGGGAUUCCCUCCAGAGGAGACGACAACAAACCUAAACCGGGGUGCUUUGUAUGUGGGAAGACGGGCCACCGAGCAGCGGAAUGCUGGGCCCGGAAGGGGGAGCCGCCAAAAGCCCCAAAACCCAAGCCAGCAACCGGGAGGCGUGCGGAGGAGGAGGUGCAGGCCCCAGAAUCUUCGGAAAGAUUGGACUAUGGUGAAAGAAGAACCGAAGAGGAGGACGAAGAAAACGGGGGCGCCAUGUCAUGCAGCCAGAUCCCAGGGCUGAAUUUCCAAGCCCUGAAUCUGACUUCAUAACAUAAACAUGCGAGCACCUGGCGGGAGAAGAUAAAAUGAGCCUGGGAACUCAGGGGUGAAAGUAUAAACAAUUAUAAUUGCUGUAGUAUGGGGGGGAUAGAAACCUUGGUGGAAAUGUGAUCCAGAAGGUGGGGUUUGAUGAUGAUAUUUGCGUGUGAUAUUACGUUGCAUCAGAAGUGAUAAAAUUAGAUGUAUGUAAACAUUAGGUCAUUCUCGACUUUUCCAAAGUCAUGUAUUCUUCAAUAAAGAUUGUGUUUGAGAGCA